AUGACUUUACGGACAUCCUGUUUAUUUGUAUUACUAGACGAUAUUACACAAAAUCUGACAAUCAAUAAUACAUAUGGUGUUACUGAUGAACUUUCGAACAAAUCCGCAAGACAAAUACCAUCAACAAAUAGUUCACCAUCAUCGAUAGAUUCACCAUUAGCCAUACAAAUAGUAACACCAGAAGAAAAAGAAACAUCACUAACUGUACCAAUUUCAAUUAAAAACAGUGAAUGUCGAUUAAAUGCAACACCACCAAUACCAUUAAAAUCAAGUGAUUUAUCAUCCAGCAACAAGCAAGAACUCAGUUUUCUGUCGCGAAAACGUCGUGCUAAUCCGGAAAACAAAAUUGCGUCACGCUUAAAACGAUCAAAAACAAAAAAAAAUAUUAACAGUUUCUUUUUAUUCAUGCAUAAAGAAACAACUAUUGAGUUUUUUACAUCUAAAAUAAUUUUCCAUACUUUAUUUAAAUAUUAG